UGUAGGGGUUGCUGGCUCCAGAUUUCGCUGCUCUGAUCCAGUUGUGUGAACAGGAUCCCCCAGAAGGGAUCUGACAUUCUGGUGGCUGAGAGAGAGUUAGAUCUGCAGCUAUGGCAGCGACCAGGGGGGAAAGAGAAGAGGUAGAAACUAGAGAAGAUGAGGAGCAAAAUGUUAAACUUCUGGAGAUCCUGGAGUUGCUGGUAGCUGCUGGCUACUUUAGAGCCCGUAUUAAAGGAUUGUCGCCAUUUGACAAGGUGGUUGGUGGGAUGACCUGGUGUAUAACCACAUGCAAUUUUGACAUAGAUGUAGACCUGCUGUUUCAGGAAAACUCAACAAUAGGACAGAAGAUAGCAUUAACUGAGAAAAUUGUGUCUGUCCUUCCAAAAAUGAAGUGUCCUCACCGCCUUGAUCCCCAUCAAAUUCAGGGCUUGGAUUUCAUCCAUAUUUUCCCUGUAAUCCAGUGGCUUGUAAAACGUGCCAUUGAAACAAGGCAAGAGAUGGGAGAUUAUAUCCGCUCUUAUUCUAUAUCCCAGUUUCAGAAGGAUCACAGUCUUCCUGAGGAUGAUGAGUUUGUAAACAAGAAAGAGCAGGCGAUGAAAAGUCUCACUGAUACAUUUGAUGUGUACAAGCCACAGAGGAAAUACAAGAGGCAUGGGGACAGCACAGAGCUGACUGAUGAAGAGUCUCGUGUACAUUCCACUCUACUGGAAUACGGAAGAUUUUCUGCCUUUUUCAUGCGCUAUGGAAUCAGCAAGCAAAACAAGGCGGAGAAGCAAGAAGAUCGACGGGUACCGGUGCCAUCUGGACUAGCUGGGAAAGUUGACUCACGAGAGGAAGAUGAAUUGCAUGCUGAGGAGGAGCUCCGUAUUACAACUUUAAUGACUGGAAUGGCUGUAAUGGACACUGAAGAGGGACGUCUAACAGCCAGCACUGUGGGACACAUUGUGGGGCUACAGUCAGAUGAGAUCAAGCAAAUGGUGUCUGAAUAUGCUGAGAAGCAAUCAGAGCUUUGUGCAGAUGAGAGGACAGAUCAUUUAGGAGCAGCUCAGCAACAUAGGAGAAAAGUGACUUCACUCAACAAGCAAAUAGCUCAGCGAAAUAAAAUACUUGAACAGCUGCAAACAAAAUACUCUGAUCUUCAGGCUGAAUGCAAUGAAACAAAGAAGAAGCUGGCUGAGGUUUCAAGUUACAGUGAGCGAUUGGACCAGGAGCUAUCUUCUCUGGAAAGUAUUGAGUCCAAAGCAGAUCCCAGCAUCCUGCAGAAACUCAGAUCUUUGGUAGCAAUGAAUGAAAGCCUGAAAGUUCAGGAGCAGCAGUUCCGUUCCCACUGUCGGGAGGAGAAGUCUCGAUUACAACAGAAUAUUGAGAGUCUAAAAGAAGAAGCUACUGAUAAAGGCGAGGGAAAGGAGCGGGCACAGAUCUUUGAGCAGCAGCAUAGGAUGGAGAGAGAGAAACUGCAGAAAAUCCGUCUCUUACUGGCUCGACGGAACAGAGAAAUUGCUAUUCUGCAGCGCAAAAUUGAUGAAGUUCCCAGCCGUGCUGAAUUAACGCAAUACCAGAAGAGGUUUAUUGAAUUGUACGGACAAGUCUCGGCCACACACAAGGAGACCAAACAGUUCUUCACUUUGUAUAACACACUGGAUGACAAGAAAGUUUAUCUGGAGAAAGAGGUGAAUUUACUGAAUUCAAUUCACGACAACUUCCAACAAGCCAUGGCCUCCUCAAGCACCCGUGAGCAAUUUCUCAGACAAAUGGAACAGAUUGUGGAUGGUAUCAAACAGAGCAGAAAUAAGAUGGAAAAAAAGAAGCAGGAAAAUAAGAUGCGACGCGAUCAGCUGAACGAUGACUACCUAGAUCUCCUGGAGAAGCAGCGACUGUACUUUAAAACAGUCAAGGAGUUUAAAGAGGAAUGCCGAAAAAAUGAGACCCUUUUAGCCAAAAUGAAGAGCUAGACUCCCUAAUCAGUAUUUCAUAGAAUGCUGCCUUGUGGACUACAAUGAAGAGGCUGAAAAGAUAUGAGGACCAGCACUGUGUACGUGAACUCGGUUUAAGCAGCAGAGAUUGUAUGUGGGAUACAAAAUGCUUGAAUACACGCAGCAAUGAGUUAAUACUUUGCUGCAGCACUAAGCUGCCUUGUUACAUAUCACAAAGAGAAAUAUUUUCUGUGCAGCCUUGGCACAAACGAUCUGUGAUCUGUCCUCUUACCAUUUUUUUUUAACACAAACUUUUCUUUUCAAUGUACCAAAACUGUGUUUUACAGACACUUGUUUCUACAUGACCUUUCUUCACACCAGGGGUCAGGAGGGAGUUACAUAAAGCCAUUCCAUAAUAAAUAAAAUUGUACUGAUUGAAUGGGUCAAAUAAAAACAACAUUCUCAUAAA